CUCUCUGGCUUAAAACCCUAACUACCAUCACAGCAAAAAAAUCUCUGAUCAGAUCAUCUCUUCUUAAAAAUUUCAGCACUAUGGCCUCAAAUCCCAAAGUCUUCUUCGAUAUGACUGUCGGUGGUCAGCCUGCCGGCCGAAUUGUGAUGGAUCUUUUCGCCGACGUCACUCCACGCACCGCCGAGAACUUCCGUGCCCUCUGUACCGGCGAGAAAGGCAUCGGAAAAUCCGGCAAGCCCCUCCACUACAAGGGAUCAUCCUUCCACCGUGUGAUCCCUAAUUUCAUGUGCCAAGGAGGCGAUUUCACCGCAGGAAACGGCACCGGAGGUGAAUCCAUCUACGGAUCUAAGUUCGCCGACGAGAACUUCAUCAAGAAGCACACUGGACCCGGUAUUCUCUCCAUGGCCAACGCCGGACCCGGAACCAACGGAUCCCAGUUCUUCAUCUGCACCGCCAAGACCGAGUGGCUCGAUGGAAAGCACGUCGUGUUCGGACAAGUCGUUGAAGGCAUGGAUGUCGUGAGAGCCAUUGAGAAGGUUGGGUCCCAGGCUGGAAGGACCUCCAAGCCCGUCGUUAUCGCCGACUGUGGACAGCUUUCUUAGGGGAAAAAAACUGGGUCGUUUAUGGUUUUACUUGGGAUGUUUAAUGUCUUAGAGUUUUUAAGAUCUAUCAUUUAGGCCUUUUUUU